GACAUUUCUUAGCUGAUAAACGAAGGGGACUUCGUCAAGAGCACGUCGGGGAAUCCUGUUUCCGCCCUCACUUGUUUAGGAUCUUGGGAAGACAUUUUGAAUCGUGUCACCGACUUCACUGUCGUACACACGUGUGCAUUUUUAUCACAUUAUCCGUUAUCACUCAGCACCGGUUUAAAAUCAUAAUAAUAUUAUGACAUUAUAUUAGAAUGUCAUAAUUUUGUACAUAUUACUUCUGUUGGUUUUCAUUUGUCCGGUUGAUUUAUUCCGUGGCCUUAGAAUAGAAUCAUGAGGUCAAUUUGGUCGUGUAUUUUUAAUCUUUUAAUUUAACUGAUCACAAAUUUAGAGUUUUCUUCAUGACGAGAGGAAUUGAAGUUAUUUGUCAAUAGGUGUUGUUAUGAGAAUUGCUUUUUUCCAGCAGAACAUAAUAUUACGAUGAAUAAAUUUAUAAGAUUGGUUGGAUGGCAUCGAUUAGCUGUAGCAAUAGUAUACUGUCGAACAACUGCGGGCAAUGAAUCUGAUAAUAUUGUUCAGCAACCAAUUGUGGUGGAACUGAAACAAACACCUGAACAGUUCACUCACAAGUUUCUGUUGCAACAAACAUGCACUCUAUCUGUUAAUGUUUCUUGCCAGAUGAUUACAAUAGCAUUAGUUGCACUAUCGGAUGCAUCACAAAAAUAUAAAGAUGAAUUGUUAAAGAUUAUGGCUGUUAUAGAAAAUAGUGAAUGGUCUGAUGAUGAUAAAUUAGACAAUUUUUUAAUGGAAUCUCGAUAUGAUAUAACCAACGCUAAAACGUUUUAUUUGGAUUCAAUAAGUGCUUUGGAUUCUGCCCUACAAUUAGGGCAAUCAUCUGUAAAAAUGUCAUUUACUGUAUCAGCAACAACUGUAUUCAAUAGUAUGUCUGAAAGGAUUUACACUGCUGAAAAAGAAUUUCAGAAUUGUGUUGAAGAUAUAACUAAAACAGAAAAAGAAUUCACAAAAUUGUUAGCAGAAAUUAUAAAAAAAACUAAUGUUAAAAAUAAUAAUACAUAAAACAAAAAAUAAAAUAUUUAUUGUUGA